UCUUUAUCCAUAUGGCAAUACCAUUCCUUCUUUCAUUGCGCAUUUCUUCAACUCCAGAGUGAAUAUACUCGAUUGUGUACACAGAGCUGGUAAAAGCUAGGAGAUUAAAAUUUACAAUCUUCAUCAAAACGUAGCCAGCAGAAAUAUGUUAGCUCUUUAAUUAUAUUUAAAGGUAUCGGUUAGCUCGCAAAUGGAGUUGGUACUCUCGACAUUCAUGGCAUGUUGGAUUAGGAACGGGUCUGAAGAUGUGGAUUAGGUGGCUACAAAAUCUGUGAUAAGGAGCUGCAUCUUCCAAAUCAAGGCAUGCUUCAGACAGGUCCUCUUAAGAGCACAUUCAAGGCUAACAUAUUUCAAAGAGCCAAGAAGGUUGCGUGCAUGAUGCGGUGUCGGAUCAUACUCUGCACUGCAGUUUCUUUAGCAUUACUGACAGUCCUUCUCCUGGCUUUGAUCUCACCAGUCCCUCAUGAUAAAAAUCAAUCUGAUAACUCGACAAGGCCUAGGCCUAGGCCUUGGCUGGCCCUGUCAUUGUACAUCCAGCAACCUCAAAUCUCGAGUUCUGAUGUUCAGCCAGCGGUAAGAUCCGAAGCUGGAGCAUUCAUCUUUCAUCGUAAGCUCACAGAAGGGCUCGAAAACACUUCACGGGUCAUAGGAAAAGCUCAAGGCUUCAUAAUUCCAAUAGAACAUUUUGCGUAUUCAGGUUUCAAUAUUAUCUACCUCACAUUUGAUACACCUGAUUACUCAGGCAGCCUCAGUGUGCAGGCCAAGCAUGUAGAGCAUAAAGACAGAGAAGAACUCACGGUGGUUGGUGGAACUGGGUCAUUCGCAUUUGCUCGAGGUCUCGCUGUUUUUGCACAGACGGAUCCACAGCCCACUGACGUCGGUGGAACAUACCAUGUGAAGCUUCAGCUUCAGCUUAGGUUUCCAGAUCGAUCUCAUUCAAAUAUUCCAGGAUGAGGCAGAAUCGUUAGAAUGGUAUUCUAACAAGUCAAAUGUAAACGCUUUUUUUUUUUUUUGCUUGGUAGACAAGAUGCAAUUCCAUAGGCAUUGGAGAAAUAAUAACCAAUUGACCAUUUUCAGUCA